CUGAAUAGAAGAAUUGUCAACAUGAAGGCUUUCAUUGUUUUGGUUGCUUUGGCUUUUGCCGCCCCCGCUCUCGGUCGCACCAUGGACCGUUGCUCCCUGGCCCGCGAGAUGUCCGACCUGGGCGUUCCUCGUGACCAGCUGAACAAGUGGACCUGCAUUGCCGAGCACGAGAGCUCCUACCGCACCGGCGUCGUGGGCCCCGAGAACUACAACGGCUCCAACGACUACGGCAUUUUCCAGAUCAACAACUACUACUGGUGCCAGCCUGCCAAUGGUCGCUUCUCGUACAACGAGUGCGCCUUGAGCUGCAACGCCCUGUUGACCGACGACAUCACCCACUCCGUCCGCUGCGCCCAGAAGGUGCUCAGCCAGCAGGGCUGGUCCGCCUGGUCCACCUGGAAAUACUGUGACGGUGCUCUGCCCUCCAUCAACGAUUGCUUCUAAGCUGAUCACAAUUGGACACGAUUUUUUUGGAAUGAAUUAAAGUAAAUGUGUAAUAAAAUUGGAUGAUGCUCUUAAA